AUGUUAAUAAUAGAGGUGUUUGCAGGGUCGUAUCUAAGUGCAGCGGUCGCUACAACAGGCGUCCUCGCUGGAGCGUACUGUGCGUAUCAUCUUUAUAAUGAAGCUCAGAAACGUAAGCUACCAACAACAUGGAGGGAAGUUGGCUCUCUGAAGGAUAUUUAUAUAUAUCCUAUAAAAUCUUGCGGUCCGGUGCAAAGGGACAGAGCUGAAUGUACUUUACUCGGUCUAAAGGACGGUUGGUUAAGGGACAGAUUACUAAACAAGUCUGCAAACAACUUCAGAUUAGUACUUUAUGCUUCCAACAAUUCUCGCAAGUUAAAAAAACCCGCCAAUAAUGUGUAUAAGUUUCGCAAGGCAGAUACGGGAGCACUUCCAGAUGAAUUACCAUUUCAUUUAAUGAAUGAGGCCUCUAUAGACGAUCUCAAUACUAAAUUGCAAGGAAACAAAGUUUGCUAUAAAAACUUCAGACCGAACUUUUUAAUAACCGGCACUGGACCUUACGAAGAAGACGAUUGGAAAUAUGUUAAAAUAGGAGAAAACAUUUUCGAAGUGAUCAAGCCGUGCACGAGAUGUAUGUUGACAACGAUUGAUCCUGAGACAGGUAUUCGUGAUUCAAAAGCAGAGCCUAUUCAGACGUUGAAAAGCUACCGCCAGAUAACUGAUCCCAGUGCUAGACCCUGGUCCGGCAGCGCUCCACGAAUGGGAGUACACUUGGCGCUCAGGUCCAAGAAUGGAGGCCUUGUCUCGGUCAAUGAUCGGUCGUAUCUAAGUGCAGCGGUCGCUACAACAGGCGUCCUCGCUGGAGCGUACUGUGCGUAUCAUCUUUAUAAUGAAGCUCAGAAACGUAAGCUACCAACAACAUGGAGGGAAGUUGGCUCUCUGAAGGAUAUUUAUAUAUAUCCUAUAAAAUCUUGCGGUCCGGUGCAAAGGGACAGAGCUGAAUGUACUUUACUCGGUCUAAAGGACGGUUGGUUAAGGGACAGAACUCUGAUGGUAGUUGAUAAUAAAUUUAACUUCAUCACUGCAAGGGCAUAUCCAGAAUUGCUAUUGGUACAUCCAACAAUACGAAAUUCUGUCUUGUCUUUACAACAUAAUGACAUGGAAAUACUCAACGUGGAUCUAUCAGAGGGAGCACUUCCUGAUGAGGUACCGUUUAAUUUAAUAAAUGAAGCCUCUAUAGACGAUCUCAAUACAAAAUUGCAAGGAAACAAAGUUUGUUACAAAAACUUCAGACCGAACUUUUUAAUAACCGGCGCUGAACCUUACGAAGAAGACGAUUGGAAAUAUGUUAAAAUAGGAGAAAACAUCUUCGAAGUGAUCAAGCCAUGCACGAGAUGUAUCAUGACGACCAUCGAUCCCGAAACAGGCGUUCGUGAUUCAAAUGCUGAACCUCUGGAAACAUUGAAGAAAUAUCGUCAACUCGAAAAUCCCGACGCUAGACGUUCGGCCGGAGAUUCCCCGCGUAUGGGACUUCAAAUGGCACUUCGCUCAGGCAACGGCGGCAUUGUCUCGAUCGACGAUCGUGUCUAUGUAGCUUAA